AUGAAAGAAAAGAUGAGAGAGUUCAAAUCAAAGCUUGUCAAGUUAUUUCAAAAGGAACGGGAGAAGGAAGCUUUAACGUUGAAUAGAAAAGUAUUUGACAAGUUGUAUCAACCAUCCACAAUCAGCUCCUUCUCAGAAUCACUCAAAUGCAAGUUGUUACCAAGCUCAAACCUUGAAUCAGCAAGCACGGACCAGUUCAAAUCCCCCACGAGUCCAGACUUCCACACUUCUCUGGAAAAUAGGGCAUUUUUUACACCCACCUGUAACGAUCAACAUCAGCAGCCAGACUCCAAAAAGUACACCAUGGCCCAGUUGUGUUUGCUCAUUGAUGAUGAAAUUGCCGACAUUCAGAACAAAAGCUCUCAAGACAUACCAAGUCCCCAAAGAUUCCUUUCAAACUCAAGCUUGGCUACAGUUACCCAAAUACAAAGUGUCAAGUUUGAUAACAACAAGUUUAAUAGCAACAAGUGGGGUAGUCUAUACAAUAUCAACCAAUAUCCUUCUGAUCUGAAGCAGUGGUCAUUUUGUGAGAGAAGAGCAGCAACUACAGAUGCAAAGCAACCUAAAUUGAUCAAAGUUAUCAAAAGCAAGACUCAAUACUAA